CCCGAGGUUGCGUUCCCAGCUGCUGCUCAGAAUGUUCAAAAGGGAUGGGCUUGUGUGUCGGUGUGUUUUGGGAGAAUUGCUACGAGCAGGCAAUCUGAGUCUGUUUGUAAUUUCUCGGCACAUAGCGACUUGUGUCACUGUGUCUGUGAGAGACCCCACACAGUGAUCGUUCUGAUGCAAGGCAACAUGAAGUUUUGGCUGGGAGUUUCAUUUUGCUUGCUGAUCUGUAUAGGAACUUUUGCCGAGGCUUACCCGCCCAAGCCCAACGACCCAGGAGAAGGCGCUUCUGCUGAGGAUCUGGCCAAAUACUACUCCGCACUGAGGCACUACAUUAACCUCAUCACCAGGCAGAGGUAUGGAAAGAGAUCUAGCCCUGAAGCUCUGAUCACUGAUCUGCUGCUGAGGGAGAACUCAGACAGUUUUCCUAAAUACAGGUAUGAUGAGCCUUCCAUGUGGUGAUUGGAAAUAGAAGUUUUAUUUAAUGGGAUUCACAUUUUAUCGUCCAUUACUGUGGAAAUGCAACAUUCUUCAUGUUCUCAAGACCCUCAUUUUAUAUUCAAAGAUCGCCAAUGCAUGAAACCAUCAUUGAAUCUGUAGAUUUUGUUUUUCUUGCAGCAUAUAUUGUAUAUAAACUUUAUUUAAAUAAAUGAUGUCUUCACUGAAUAUAUAA